AUGGAAUACUCUACAGGAUCAUCUUCAUCUCGAUGGUUACUCACCGGAAUGACGGCCUUAGUCACCGGCGGGACACGCGGAAUCGGCCGCGCGAUCGUCGAGGAAUUAGCCCAACUCGGCGCAACAAUCCAUACCAUUUCAAGAAACCAAGACGAGCUAAACGAUCGCAUUCAAGAAUGGACGUCAAAAGGGUUCAAAGUCAGCGGUUCAAUAUGCGAUGCAUCUUCAAGAGACCAAAGAAUCCAACUCAUUGAGAAAGUCUCGUCGAUUUUCGACGGGAAACUCAACAUCCUCGUAAACAAUGUCGGAACCGGGAUUUUCAAACCUGCGGAAGAGUUUACGUACGAAGAGUACACUAAAAUCAUGUCAACAAAUCUUGAUUCUUGCUUCCAUCUUUCUCAACUCGCUUAUCCUCUGUUAAAAUCAUCCGGGCUCGGAAACGUUGUGUUUAAUUCUUCGGUUGCAGGGCUGACGAGUUUGCAUCAUUUGUCUGUUUACGGUGCGACUAAAGGUGCUAUCAAUCAGUUGACCAAGAACUUGGCUUGUGAAUGGGCUAAAGACAAUAUCCGGGUCAAUUGUGUGGCGCCUUGGUUUGUUAGGACAUCUUUAGUGGAAGAGUAUUUGAGUGAUGAGUUUGUCGGGAAAUUAGAAUCAAGAACUCCGAUGAGACGGCUUGGUCGGCCGGAGGAAGUCUCCGGGCUUGUUGCUUUCUUUUGCCUUCCGGCGGCUUCAUAUAUUACGGGUCAAGUUAUGGCUGUGGAUGGAGGCAUGACCGUUUAUGGGCUCGACCUAAAUCAAUGA